ACUUCCCACCUCUCCGGUCACCAAGAUGCACCGUGCACACAUCCUCGCUCGCGACGACGACGAUGUCAACUGCGGCUCGGGCGGCGGCGACACCAGGUUCACAGGCCUCCGCAUUGCCUCCAUCUUCGUCAUCCUCGCGACCUCCCUCUUCGGUGCCCUCUUCCCCGUGCUCGCCCGGCGGACAAAAUGGCUGAGUGCCCACAUUCCCACUCGCGUCUUCGACACGGCGAAGUACUUUGGUAGCGGUGUCAUCAUCGCAACCGCCCUCAUCCACCUGCUCGAUCCUGCCAUCGACGAGCUCUCUUCCCCGUGCUUGGAUCCGGCAUGGCAGAACUACCCCUACGCACUCGGCAUCUGCCUGCUCAGCAUCUUCAUGAUCUUCAUCGUCGAGCUCGUCGCCUUCCGCUGGGGCACCGCCGUGCUCGCCCGCCACGGCUUCGCGCACGACGCGCACGGGCACGGGCUCGCCUCGCACGCCGCCCACGGCCCGGAGACCGACCGCAUGACCCAGGCCGCGAUCGCGAAGCAGCAGGGCUCCGACGGCUCGCUCACGCGCGAGAAGAGCGCGGAUAUUGAGAGCCAGCACUCUGCCGAGCACACGCACGACAACCCGACGUACCCACAGGCACACUCGGACGUGCAGAAGCACAGCGGGCACCACACUCACGGGUCCCCAGACGCGCUCGGUGACUCGCCGUCGGCGCAGAUCAUCGGCAUCGCGGUGCUCGAGUUCGGUGUGCUCCUGCACAGCGUGCUCAUCGGCCUCACGCUCGCGGUCAACGACGAGUUCAAAAUCCUCUUCAUCGUCCUCGUCUUCCACCAAAUGUUCGAGGGGCUCGGUGUGGGCUCGCGGUUGGCGUACAUCCGUCUGCCACCAAAGUACAACUACGUCGCCAUCCUCGGCGGCCUGCUGUUCGGGAUCACCACGCCCAUCGGGAUCGCCGUCGGGCUCGGCGUGCGCGCGACGUAUAACCCGGACAGCACGACGGCGAGCAUCGUCAGCGGCAUCCUCGACGCGUUCAGCAGCGGCAUCCUGCUUUACACGGGACUUGUCGAGCUGAUGGCGCACGAGUUCCUGUUCAACAAGGACAUGCUGAACGGCUCGAACGCGAAGCUGGCGUACGCGCUGUGCUGCAUGAUCGCCGGCGCGGGCCUGAUGGCGCUGCUCGGGCGCUGGGCGUGAGCCUUGCGCUGAUCAGCCCUGCGAUCGGUCUUCGAUCCGAGCGGCCGCCGAUCUUUGUCGUUUCGUCGUUUCGGAUACCCACUGCUACCCCAUUGCCACAUCUUGCGCAUGCUAGGACUCCGUCGUUGUUCAUCCAACAUCUUGUGACCACGUCUUGCUUUUACGACGCUUACGCACAUGCUAUCAUUAUUCCCACCGCCGAUCUCGCCCAGUGACUCACAGUGCAGUAUCUCUCCGCUGGGACGCUUCGCACCACCAUAGUACAUAGACUCCGCGUGUAAUGUCGUGUUGUCCGGGGGCGUGUACGAUUCCCACCCUAGGUACGAAUAGAGAAGAAGCCCGAAUCUUG